UGAAACUGUUACAUGUAUCCAACAAUCGUCCAGCCAUCGUCUAAGCUCCCCUAUUCAGCCGCUCCAAGCCGCCCACCCAGUUGAGAGACGUAAAAAACAAACAAAGGAAAAACCAGGGGAAACACAGGAAAAAUCAACGAAAGACGGAAAAAAUUAAAAGGUGUUACAUGAGCACUAUGGCCAUCAGUUAAAAUGGCCGGUAUAAUGGUUUGAGCACAUCCAGUUAUGUUAUAGUUGAUGUAGUAGCCAAAGGCUUGCAUGUCCCAGUCCACUUUGACAUGUUUGCAGGCCGAACUACCAUACAUCAAUUUCUAAAUAUGAUGUGAUUGUGCAAAGUAAACAUGAGAAGGAAGUUCAGGCAGUUUUUAAUCACUCCAUAGGAGUCCUCAAAUGAUAAUGCAUAUAUACAUGGAACAGCAGCAAUGCAAAAUGUACACAGUUGACAUCUUUAAGAAAUUCAAAGAUGAGCUGAAGGCCUUGGUGAACUUUGUCUCUUUGCUAUUAAAGGUUGAUGGCCAAAUAUCUACCUUUGAAGUAAAAGAACGUGCAAGUGUAAAGGUGGUUAGGGGGCAGAGCAGAAGUGCUAUGAAGUUCUUUACGAAGAAAGAAACUUGGAGGUGCAAUGUAUUUGGUGCUCAUUUCACAUUAGAGUGUCAGGAUGACCAACAGUCAGCUAUCAAUCAGGGCCAGAGUGAAGCUUCCAACAAUAUGUCCCUUCUAUAUAUUUCAAUAUGCAGGAAGCUCAAAUACCAGCGGUAACUCAUGGUCCAAGGCCUCCGAAGCAGAAGGAACACAGUUUUGCUGCUGCUUCAGUGCAUUAUUUGGAGCAGAACCAAGGGUUGCUUUAUUUCAGUUUGUAGGAGACUUUGGAUGGUUCUUCCAUGGGAGAGCCAUCGGAUUAUAAUUUGGAUUUAGUUCCUGUAAGUGGAUCAUCCAUUGCUGGAGAAGGGUGGGAGCCUCAUGCUGAAAAAGUGCAGGAGCCCAUUGUUGGAGGACAAAACUUCAUUAAUGAAGAAAGGCAGGAGUUCGUUGUCGGAGAAGGGCCGGAGCUUGUUGCCAAAGGAGGGCAGCAGCCCCUUGCUGUUGUUGCCAAAAGAGGGCAGCAGCCCCUUGCUGAAAAUGCAUCUGUUUGUGUAAGUGGAUCGUCUAUUGCCAAAGAAGGGUGGAAGCCUGAUGCUGAGAAAGUGCAGGAGCCCAUUGUUAGGGGAGGACAAGACUUCAUUAAUGAGAAAGGGAAGGAUUGCAUUGUUGGAGAAGGGCCAGAGCCUGUUGCUAAAAGAGGGCAGGAGCCCCUCACUAAAAAUGCGCCGGAGCUUAUCGCUGGAGAAGAGCAGGAGGCUAUAACAGAGAAUGAGCACGAGUUUGCUGCUGGAAAUCAGGAGUCUGUUGCCGAAAAAGAGCAGGAAAUUUCUCAAGAAACAAUUUUAGGUGAUGACAGCACUCCACGUGUGGGGAUGACAUUCAAAUCUCCUGAAGAAGCCUUCAGAUUUUAUGACCAAUAUGCCCGUCGUACUGGAUUUGGCAUUAAAAUACUACACUCAAUGUACUACAAAGAUGGACGAUGUAGGUAUCUUAUGCUCUCGUGCAACAGAGAUGGUAAAGUGAACUAUAAAUCUGAGAAAGUGGCACCUAAAACUAACUGCAACACAAGGUUCGGACUGGUAUGCCAUAAAGAUGGAUUGCUCCAUGUUAAGAAAGCUAUUAAUGACCACAACCAUCCCCUUACUCCGGGAACAGCUCACUCCCAUCCAUCCAAGAAGAGGAAACAAUAUCUUGGAGAUAUUGAUGAAGACAGGAUACUUUCAGACAAGUUGUGCCAAGAACAUGGGUCUACGAAGUCACGGAAACAAGGAGCCGGAGAUAACAAAUGCAAGUUGAGACUUGUGGAAGGAGAUGGUGAAGCUCUCCGUCAGUUCUUUGUUGGCAUACAAAUGAAGAAUUCUUGCUUCUUCCACUCGAUCUAUCUGGAUGAAGAAGGUUGUUUAAAGAAUGUGUUUUGGGCUGAUGGUAGGUCAAGAAUAGCGUAUCGGUAUUUUGGUGAUGUUGUUUUAUUUGAUUCGACAUUUCUGAUGAGUAAAUUUUAUUUGCCUCUUGUUUCAAUUGUUGGCGUAAACCAUCAUGGCCGCUUGGUGUUGCUUGGUUGUGCUUUGCUUUCCGAUGAAACCAGUGAGACAUAUGCUUGGCUAUUUAAGACUUGGCUAUCUUGCAUGCUCGGACAAACUCCAACUGCGGUAAUUACUGACAGAAAUAGAGCCAUACAGCAAGCAGUUGCCAAAGUAUUUCCAAGAGCUCGUCACCGGCAAUGCAUGUGGCAUAUAAUGAAAAGGCUUCCAGAAAACUUGCAAGGAUGUGUACAAUACAAAGAAAUUAAGAAGGCUUUUAAGAGAGUAGUGUAUGAUUCUUUGACAGCUAAUGAGUUUGAAGAAGACUGGAGAAAAAUGGUUGAGAAGUAUGGACUUGGUGAUAAUGAGUGGAUCAAGGUGCUAUAUGAAGAUCGACAUUGCUGGGCUCCAGUUUUUGUGAAAGACACAUUUUGGGCAGGAAUGUCUAUCACCUUACGUGGUGAGAGCAUGAACUCCUUCUUUCAUGAGUAUGUUAAUUGCAAGACCACCCUGCAACAAUUCCUUAGCGAGUAUGAGGUAAUCAUGCAAAGAAAACAUGAAAAGGAAGUUCAGGCAAAUCUUGAAUCAUGUCAUCAAAGCACUCAAUUGAUAACACAGAUUUACAUGGAACAGCAGCUAUGUAGAGUCUACACAAUUGACAUGUUCAAAAAAUUCCAAGAGGAGAUCAAGGCUUUAGAAUAUUGUGUUUCUUCACUGAUAAAGGUUGAUGGUCGGAUAUCUAUCUUUGAAGUACAAGAACAUGUAAGAGCAAAAGAUGGUAAAAUCAUGGAGCAGAAGAGCUAUGAAGUUCGUUAUAAUGAAAAUGAGUUGGAGAUUUCAUGUGUUUGUUGUUCUUUUCAGUUCAGAGGAAUACUUUGUAGACAUGCAUUAUCUGUGCUUCACUUUAAUGGCGUGACUGAACUUUCGUCUAAGUAUAUUCUUCAGCGUUGGAGAAAAGACUUUAAGCAGAUGCAUUCUUUGAAUUGCUUUCCUAAUCAGGUUGUCGUUGAUGGGACAAUGGAAUGUCAUGAAAUUUUUCGCAAUCGUUGCCUUAAACUGGCUGAAAUAGGAAUGAUGUUUGAUGAAAAACAUGAAUUUGCUGAGAAGGUAGUCAAUGAGGCAAUACGGAAACUUCUUUCAGAUGAUAGCACAUGUGAAGAUACGCAACCUGAGACUCUUUCUCUUGAAGCUACAACAAAUUGCCACAUGGCUAGUUUUAGUGCCAAUGGCGAUAGGGAUAUGGGAAAUGAAAAUCAUGGAAUCCAUGAUCCCUUGCAAGUAAGCAGGCAGAUUGGAAAUCACCCGCAUUUUCAAUUUUUUCAAGAGAGGGUUCAGGCUGACCAACAGUCAACUGGCUAUAGAUCGGGAGCAGAGUGGAGCAUCCAGCAAUAUUUUCAUGACACUCAGAUACCAGAGGCAUCUCCUUGCUCAAGGUCCUGGUAGAAGAGGAAGCUUCAGUUUGCUAAAUAGUAGCCACAGGUAUAUCUAGAGUUCCUUGCCAUGAUCCAUAUUUUACAAUUCCUUUCUCCUUUGGAUUGGAUAGAGUGAGUUGUCUUUGAAAGGAGAAAAAUAGGUUGCUGGAGAAGUCUGUCAAAUGGAAAACUUUUUCUAGUGGUGAUUAUUUUUAUUACCGGUCUGGUAUUUGAUUCUCUCUGGUGCAUGGUAAGUCCAACAGAUUUCACGAAUGACCACUGAACCAGCCAAUCUGCUAAAAUGGACUUUGCCAUCCAUGUUAGCUGGGGAAAACUCUGCACUUCCUGAAAGGGACCUGAUUUGGAUAGCUUCAGAACGACAAGAAAAGCUUUCAUGAGCUGGUAUCUGCAUGGAGUUAUAUUUCUGCUUUGUAAGAUAUGUUUAUUGAUUUCUUAGAAUGCCACAGCUGAAAACAGUUAUUAUACUAUGUAAAGUUCAUGUAAGAAAAUAGUUGUUUAAUGUUCCCUGGACUUCAUGACACUGAUAUAUGAUCCUUUAUUAGCUUUUCCUUUAAUGGAUCAAUGUUUAAA